AUGGAGGAGGACAAGAACAUGACAAAGAAGUCGUGGGAUAUCUGUCGAGAGGUCCCGGUCGUUGAAGAUGAACAGACGCCAUGGAAGAUGAUCAAACUGCUGAAGAUCAUCACUCUAAUUGUGAUCACUAUAAUUGUGUUUGGAUUAGCACUAUGUAGCAAGGUUAUGUUCAUGGAGUUCGUGGCAUCUGGAGGUGCAGCGAUUCUCACGAUCGUCGCAAUGCCUCAUCUGGACAUUGUCACUAAUGUCACGAUCCUGAACAGCGUCGCCAUCCUUCCUGCGAUUCUACAGGUGGUCACCCAAUGCACCGCCAAAGAAAGGAACCGCUUCCUGUUGCCAUCCAUCACCGCAUUCAUCCUCAUCCUGCUCGGUUACGUCCUGUUCCUCUUCCUCUACAUAAUGAAGGAUCCCACUGACAUCAAGAUGAUUAUUUGGGUUGGUCUGGCAGUCGGUGGGUCUUUCCUGGUGUCUUUUAACUGGUGGGAAAACUACCUGAGACCGAUCGGGGAAAACAGCAAGUCUUUAGUCCUCCGGAACCUGUGCAGAGAUAUAAUCAAAUGCAGAAACAUCCUGCAUAUCCUCUCCAGCCUGCUCAGGAUCGCUGUGACCGCCUGCGUGCUCGGAGCCUACGUCCCCCUAAACAAAAUGGACUGGGACGUGGUCAGAUUCAUCCCCAGGCGUGAGACAACAAUCAUAGGCAUCAUCAUCGGUGUCCAGCUGAUCUCCUCUGCGCUCUGCCACUGGUUUUCACUGCUAUCCUGCAAGAUGCACGCCAUACGACGAUGCUUCAUCCUGCCUCUGUACCUGGCCUCUCUGGCUGUCAUGGCUCUGCUCGUCAUCCCCGUUAUCGUUUACUAUCAGGACUACAAAACCAGUCUGAAUGGAACCAGUAUCAACUUCACAAGCUACUGUGAUGUGGUGGUGGACGCAAGAAACCAAACCCUGACCGGCAGUGUGUUCCCACAUCUGGUGUUGGAUGUAACACACACCCUCUGCUUCAUGGAUAUGUCCAGGCUUUGGGACACCAGCAUACUGACAGGUUCAGCAGUGUCCUGGUGGCUCGGUCUGUUGUUGGCCACCAUCCAUCUGUGGCACCUGAGCAUCUAUCGUAUCCAGAGGACCCAAGACCUGUUUGUCAGGAGGCUGUAUGAGGGAGCCUUCAUCGAGCAGUCACUUCUGCUCAACACCCGCUUCGACAUCCGGACCAGACACAAGAGGCAGUAAGUGGAUAAGCAAAUGGAAGCGUCAAUGUUGUAUCUCUGUGCGACCAUGUGGCACGAGACCUACGACGAGAUGACUAACAUCAUAAUUUCAAUAUUCAGACUGGACAAGUACAGACCGAGGACGGAGCAGAAGUUUGAUGAUUUCACUUUCGAAGCUCACAUCUACUUUGACGAUGCGUUCAAACAAGUUGAGGGGAGUCAGGGCCGCCAUCUCAACGACUACGCUAAGAGCCUCGUGGAAGUCCUCGCUGAAGUUUACAGCAUCUUCACAAGUAUCGAUGACAAGUUCUUCAUAAAAAAGCAACAGAUCCCUGAGCAGAAAGUCAUUCGGACGCCAUACGGAGGUCGUCUCGUGGUCACCAUGCCUAAUGGGAACAACAUCAUAGCUCACUUCAAAGACAAAGAACUCAUCCGCCACAAGAAGAGAUGGUCCCAGAUCAUGUAUCUUUACUAUCUGCUGGGCUGGAAGCUCAUGACCAAAUAUUACAAACAUAGGACAAACAUGAACUUGAAUGUCCUCUGAAUGUCAAAAAAAAAAAUGAAUGUAAAACAAAACAAUCUGCCUGAUUCCCCCCAGAGAGAGAAGCAAAACACCUACCUCCUCGCUCUUGAUGGGGACACCGACUUCCAACCGGCCGCCGUGAUGUACCUCAUCGAUCGUUUGAAAAUGUACCCCCGUGUCGGGGCGGCCUGUGGGAGGAUCCACCCGACUGGAUCAGGUCCCGCUGUGUGGUUCCAGAAGUUUGAGUACGCCGUCAGUCACUGGCUGCAGAAGACAGCGGAGCACGUAAUUGGCUGUGUGUUGUGCAGUCCGGGCUGCUUCAGCCUGUUCAGAGCUGAGGCGCUGAUGGACGACAACGUGAUGAAGCGAUAUGCCACCAAGUCCAUGGAGGCCAGUCACUACAUCCAGUAUGACCAAGGUGAGGAUCGCUGGCUGUGCACGCUGCUGCUGAAGCAAGGAUGGAGGGUGGAGUACAACGCCGCGUCAGACGCUUACACCAACGCCCCCGAGGACUUCAAAGAACUCUACAACCAGCGCCGCCGAUGGGGACCGUCCACUAUGGCCAACGUGGUGGAUCUGCUGGGCUCCAGCACUGUCAUCUCCAAGAGAAAUCCGUCAAUGUCAAAACCUUUCAUGUUCUACCAGCUGUUUAACAUCACAUCAGCCAUCCUGGCCCCCGCCACCAUCUGCCUUUUGAUUGCAGGUAGUUUGUCCUUUGUGUUAAAUAUGGAUGCAAGUUGGGCCCUGAUCCUGGCAGUGAUACCUCCCAUCAUCUACCUGAUUCUUUGCUUCAAACUCAAGUCCGACACUCAGAUCACUAUUGCAGGAAUCAUGAGUAUCAUAUAUGCAUUCCUCAUGUUGGUUGUUACGAUGUCCAUUAUCGGCGCAAUGGUGAGGGACAAAACCAUCCUGACGCCGAGCAGCAUUUUCGUCGUUUCUAUGGCCAUCAUUUACAUCACCACAGCGGUAUUGCAUCCUCAAGAAAUCCAGCUGGUGUUUCACGGCUUCCUCUACAUCAUCUGCAUCCCCAGUGCCUACCUCCUGCUCACCAUCUACUCUAUGGUCAACAUGAACAACGUGUCCUGGGGCACCCGGGAGUCCAAACCUGCUCCCGGUGCUACCCCGGCGGAAGUUGCAAAGCCACAAACAAAAACCCAGAAAGCCAAAAGCUUCUUCCAACGAAUCAUGUCGUGUGGAAAAUGCUGCAAAAAACCCAACGAGAGCCAUCAAGACCGGCAGCUCAACGUCAACCUCAACCAGGAGAAUCUUAUCCCAGAGCCUCCACUGAAUGAAGCUCCGCCUAUGAACACUUUUGUGGGCGAUAUAGGAACCCUAGAGGAGGAACAGAUGCAAAUGGGGGCUGCCUGUCCUCCCCAAUGUUGGGUCUCACAACUACAGAAUGCAUCCAGGGACAUGCCACUGCAGGAAGAUUCACUCGACAAGGACGAGGAGGGGUUCUGGAGGGAGCUUCAGAAGAAGUACCUGGAGCCUCUGGCGGACGACAAAGAGAGACAGAAGCAGAUCAUCAAUGACCUGCGAGAGCUGAGGAACAAGAUCAACUUUGCCUUCUUCAUCCUGAACGCCCUGUGGCUGGUGGCGACGUUUACCCUUCAGAGGUUCGGGGCCUUCAUCUUCAUUGUGCUCCCGAAAGUCGACUUUGACCUUAACAACACCGGAGAAAACGUACAAAUCGAUCCCAUCGGCUUCAUGUUCAUUCUCGGAUUUGCCACGUCGGUUUUGAUCCAGUUCUUCGCCAUGAUGUACCACAGAAUCUACACUCUGGUCCAUUACGUCGCCUUUAUUGACACGGAGCCCAGAGAGCAGAAACCUGAUGAAUAUUACCCGCCAGCCAAAAAGAUCGAAGCUGCCUCCAAAGAGGAAGGCGACCUUGACUCCAUCUCCAACAUCUCCCAGGCGGACUCUGAAUUGUGGUCUGAAGGCGAGGAAUCUGACGACGACGAGGAGUACCCCCCCCCGAGCUACAUCAGGAGUAGGGCCAAUGAUGGCACCAUGGUGUGA